GGUCACGCUCAUGGGGCUUGGCAGGCGCGCGACCAGCCUGCCGGCCCCUCCCUGCUGCGAGCCCCACUCCCACGGGAGCCUGCUCCCCACCCACCGUGCCCUCACGUGAUCUCUCGCUGCCCUGCGAGUGCUCCGCGGCUGCGCAGGCGAAGUUUGUACCUGCGGAGCCGCCGUUACUCGCCCUCGCCCCAGCCUGGCGGCCGGCGCCGGGAGUUCCGCCUCUGCGGGUGGCGGCGCCGGGAUGCGGUCCGUCAGCUACGUGCAGUGCGUGGCGCUCGACUUCGCUGGCAGCCUCUUCCCGCACGCCAUCUGCCUGGGAGAUGCCGACAACGACGCGGUCCGGAAAGCGGGCGCUGAAUGAGCUAGUGGUGGGAGACACCAACGGGAAACUCUAUGUUUACAAGAAUGACGACAGCAAACCCUGGGCUGUGCAAUCUUGCCAAGGAAUGCUCACAUGUGUUGGUGUGGGAGAUGUAUGCAAUAAAGGAAAGAAUCUCGUGGUGGCAGUGAGUGCAGAAGGCUGGUUUCAUCUUUUUGACCUGACUUCUCCAACUUCAAAACACCCAGAUGCUUCAGGCCACCAUGAGUUGGCUACAGCAGAAGAGCAGAAGCCAGUGUUCAAGCAGCAUAUACCUGCCAACACCAAGGUCAUGCUGAUCAGUGACAUUGAUGGAGAUGGGAAGUGUGAGUUGGUGGUGGGUUACACUGACAGGGUGGUACGUGCCUUCCGCUGGGAGGACUUCUUGGAGAAUUCAGACCAUGUCUCUGGGCAACUAGUCCUGUUGAAGAAAUGGCUACUAGAAGGUCAGGUGGACAGUCUCUCUGUGAACCCACGCCCUGAUGGCUCACCGGAGAUGAUGGUGUCUCAGCCAGGCUGUGGUUAUGCCAUUCUGCUGUGCACGUGGGAUUCUGAGCAGCAGGCCAUGACAGACGGAAGGGACAGCUCUGCCCCAGGCAGCGAGGCCCCUGUUCGAGAUGUUAUUCUACACCAAACGUCGGGACGAAUUCACAACAAGAAUGUUUCCACUCAUCUAAUUGGUAGCAUUGGCCGAGGCUGCUCCAGUGAGAAUAGUGGCUCAGGUCUCUUUGCUCUCUGUACUCUGGAUGGGACAUUGAAACUCAUGGAGGGAGCAGACAGGCUGCUCUGGUCUGUGCAGGUGGAUCAUCAGCUGUUCGCUCUGGAAAAGCUGGAUGUUACUGGCAAUGGUCAUGAGGAGGUGAUUGCCUGUGCAUGGGAUGGUCAGACAUACAUCAUUGACCACAGUCGGACCGUUGCCAGAUUUCAAGCAGAUGAGAAUGUCAGUGCAUUCUGUGCAGGCCUCUAUGCAUGCAAAGGAGAAAGGAACAGCCCCUGCCUAGUUUAUGUCAGCUUCAAUCAGAAGAUCUACAUCUACUGGGAUGUGCAGCUGGAGAGAAUGGAGUCCACCAACCUGUUGAAAAUACUGGAUUGUGACCCAGAGUUUGGAAGUCUCCUGCAGCAGUUGAGUGUGGAAAGAGAUGAUGUUUCUGCUGUCAAAGAUCUGAUUCACAAAACAUUGUAUUUUCCUGAGAAAAGGCAGCAGAGCAGCCCCUCGCAGUGUCAGGACCAUGUUGGAACAGACUCCUCUGCCCACUGCACUGUCAUCCGGCAUCCUUAAUAACAGGUCACAUGGAAGGUGACAUCUUUAAUACCAGCGCAAACUCUUCUCUGACCGGAAUGAAGCAUCUCAUGAAGAUGAGACUGUUCUUUUCCCAUCUCUGUCAAAGCUUCCAAACAGCAAAGGCUGUACAGGCCAGGUUCUGUGGAGGGAUGUGCUUGACUUAAGUGGAAGUGGUGGGUUGUUUUGCUUUUAGCUGAGGAAGGUACCAGAACAUCAAGAGUCCAGAGUCCUGUUUAUUUGCCUUCCAUUGCCAGUUUCUAUGUUCUCCAGUAGCUGAAGCGUUUUAUGGGUGUCUGUGAAGGAGCACUAUGGACAUAAAUGCAGAGAACAGCUGAGCUCGGUCUCUGUUUCUGUUUUGGCAUGUUUUUUCAGUUGCAGCAGUGAUUACUUCUGAAUUCUUAGCAGGAUCACAGUGCAGGAGCUGCAGAUGGAGGAACUGAGUUAGGGAGCAGACAGGGGCCUUCUCUGCCACUCAGGUAUGUUUUUAAAGUAGACUCAGGCAUUGUUUGCCUUUGCUCUGCUGCUGGUCUUCUGCCAAGCAGUUUCUCACAAGCCACCUGCUGUUCUGAGGAGCUGGAAACAUGCAUGAGAAGAACUGCAACUUGCACUAAUAAGUUGUUGAGGGGUACCAGUUCCAUCUAUACUUGAGAAGCACCGCAUUUCUCCAGCUUCUUGGCCGUGGUGAUCCCAGAGGUGACUGAGACUUAGCAAAGCAGCUGUGAAAUUGAUGAUAAGAAAAACCUGUCUAAACCAUGGAUCUGUGGUGCUAUGAGUGCUUGGCCAUUCCAUAAUAAGCAGUGGAAUUGCCACACUUCCCUCUUAUUGUGGAGAGUGCCAUGCUAUUUUGAGUCCUGCACAACUGAAAGAGGGGGACUGGAGGUGAUGUUCCACUUGAUAGUAUGUGGAGCCUGGAAUAGGCCAUUUCUCUCCCAGGCUACUCAUAUGCAAAGGCCCAGGCAGGAACCUUUCCACAGACUUCUGGUAUUUUCUUUUCACCAUUUCAGCUUUCCCCUUGCCUAGUUCAGCUUAUUAGGAUAGUAGCAGCAGGCUCACCUGCUCUUUUGCAUCUAUUAUCUUCUCUCACUUGAAGUUUUAUUGGACAUGCAUAAUUAAUGGAGCUGUCCCUUCACCUUUAUGGCAGCCUGAGAGGGUUGCAUCUUAGAGCAAAUAUAAUUCAGUGAUCUCUCCUCAGCAAAUUUUAACAUUUAAAGAUUCUCCAAGCUGUUGAAAACCUGCUGUACUAUACUCUGCAAAACAUCCAAAACAUCAGUCAUGGCUCACACAAUCUGGCAUGUGUACUGCUGCACAGAUGAUGGGCUCUUCUGCUGUGUGUGCUUUGACAAAAACAGAUGGAGUUUUACCACAACUUGUGCCUGCAAUGGUCCCACUCAACCUUGUUUGGUUUUGGUGGGGCAGGUGUUCUCCACAGAAGUACUCUCUCUCUUGAUCCACUGCUGGAACUCCAGAGGGUCCUGCAACAAUUGCCCGAGAGUUGGGCCAGACUGAGCUAAGCUGGUAGCUGGGUCUUGCAGUGCUGCUAUAUUGUAAUUCCUUUUUGAGGACUAACAGGAAAACAGGACAAUUCUGAUAACAGAACAACUCAAUGCUGUCUGUCCAUGCCAAAUAUAAACUUUUAUUAGCCACACAAGUGCAAGAGGGGUACAAACAGUUGUAUGAUUCAAGCUUUUAUGCAAAACAAAGUUUGCCAUACAGGUCAAAUUAUUUCCAAGGAAGGAAGGUCAACUUGAUCCGCUGUUAGACUGUUAAUUGUUGAGAAGAAACAGGAAGGGGUUAAUGGGAGAGAGAUACUAUUUUCCUAAGAACCAUCUUCAAAGAAAAUGGGGCAAAACCAAUGCAGAUGUUGGACAGGGCAACCUAUGCAACCUAGCCUUCUUCCCUUGUUGGCCUUAGAAUACUGUUGUGUGCUGUGCAUGCCCGGGCAUGCUGCAUUGUGGAAUGCUAUUUCCCCAAACUCUUCAGCUCCUAAAACCAUUUGAGAGGAAAAAUACUAGUGUUUGAAGGUUUCCUCUGACAGUUUUAUAUUGCUUAUAGCACAUAACUUGCAGAUGCACGAGGGGCACAAGAGCAAAAUGAAAACUGUUUACAGAAGAAUUAAGUGGAACUUCUCUACUGUUCAUUGGCCAAAAGAUUACUUUCCUUUUUUCAUGCCAUGAACUCCAAAGUGACAGACUGGUUACAGUCAAGACUUCCUGAAGUCAUUGCUUCAGGCUAUUUCCCCUGGCAAAAAGCUUUGCGGAGUGUACGUGAAGGGGCAUUUGCAGAUAAAAGAUUCAUGGCUUUGGUAGUGAUGCUCAAUUUAUUAUACUAGUGAGAAAAUAAAGGUAUGGGAUUCCUUUAUUUUCCUGAGAUGUAAUAAACCUGCUGGCUGUCCCUGUUCUUUGCUGAAUGUAGUUAUUUCUAUAACUCUAAAGGUAUAUCCUGGCAUUUGCCAGUGGAGUCUCUUGAAAGGAGGACUGACUGCAAAGGUAUGUAGGUGGCUCAGUGCCCUUCACUUAUGUAACUCACCUGCUAGUUCUGAAAGAAGGAGCAGGUCUGUGGGAGUAUAGGUGGCUGGAGCUCCCAUUCCAUUCAAAGCCAAGUGACCCUAGCCUCCUGGAAAUGGUCCUGAUUAUGGCUUCAGCAGAGUGCAUGUUCUUGGGAUAACUGUACCUCUUGUGCAUAGGCCCUGGAAGAGACCUCAGAAGUCCAAAUCCACGUCCCUGGGCACGUUCAGCCAUGCAUAGGACUUGCAGACUAUGAUGCUUCUCUGUUCCAAAGACUUUUUAUGACAGACACUUCCCUGCAGACUGGUUCACAGCUAUUGUGUCCACUCUACUGGAAAGUAGCCCUAGUAGGAGCUGACCACCAGGGUGGUUCAGAGAAAUUAUCCUUAAAUAAUAACAUUCCAUUGUCUGUGUUGAAGGGAUGGGCCUCACUGUGAGGCAGAUGCUGUUGAAUGCAUACAGGAUAUGCAUAUGUCCUACACUGAGGUGGCAGUUUGUACUAAAUUUCUACUUUCCAUAUGAAAGUAUUAGCAUUUUUUGAUCACCAGUGGAAAAGACCUUUAGAUGGCUCCUUCCUUCCCCUCGUACCUCAACAGCGAUAGAAAUUACUGGAAUUGGGGGUAGAGAAGUGUAUCUGUAUGACAGAUUUUUCCAAAAGAAACUACUAUUGACACAGUCUUCAGUCUUGCCAACCCACUUAAAAAUUACUUAACGUAGGAAGACUUUUAAAAAUUACCAUGUUUGUAAAUAGGAUUGAGUUUGCUUUUUUGAGAUGUUGUAAGUUCUGUUUUAUAAUAUCUUUUAAAGCCAAGAAAGAUUUCUGUCUUUCAGAAUGGAAGCUGGGAUUCCCAUGUAAUAGCACAAAAACAGUGGUCUUUGGAGAAAACAUCAGUUUGGGCAAGAAUUCAGAAUAGAUGUGUUAACAUGUCGUUUAAUGCCAGGGAACUUUGGGAGAUGGAAACCCGUAAGGAGUUCUAUUUGAUGAUGAGGAAACCAGGUAUUGACAUUGUAGGAUUAGACCAGAGGCAUCAAACUCAUUUUCACUGGGUCCACAUCAACCUCACAGUUGCCUUCAGAGAUGUGGGAAACUACGGCGGGUCCAUGGAUUCCAUGAAAGGGGGUGUGGGAACAGAGAACAGCCUUGAAGAUAUUAAGGUGUACCCAUGAGAAAGAAGGGAGGUACCCAUGAGAAGGAUGGGAGUAAAGGAGUGUCUGAAGAUAUUGAGGUGUAUUCGUGAGAAAGAAGGGAGUUAAAGAGUAAUAUUGAUGACAGCAAAAUCAGCCAAUGAGAUGUUACUGAUAUAACUUGUAGCCAAUAGUAAAAAGACAUGUGAACUGGUAAAGACUAUAUAAAGUGCGCUUGUAGCAAUAAAUGGUAGAUCUGUUUACAUCUCAGAAGAA